CCUGGCUUCGCCUCGCCUCACCUCGCCUCGCCACCUCCAGCUACCUCCGCUCGGGGCUGACAAGCCAAUGAGGGCCCGGACUCCGGCCCUCGCCGCCUCAGGAGCCGCCAGGAGCCCCCCGUGCCGACCCCCAGCUCGAAGUGAGGCGGCUGCGCUGGACCCCCAUGCGGCGACUCCAGGAGAAAUUCAGGAGAUUCAUGAACCACCCAGCUCCAGCGAAUAGCCGUUACAAACCUACCUGCUAUGAGCAUGCUGCUAACUGUUACACUCAUGCGUUCCUCAUUGUUCCUGCCAUUGUGGGUAGUGCCCUGCUCCAUAGGCUCUCUGAUGACCGAUGGGAAAAGAUAACAGCGUGGAUGUAUGGGAUUGGUCUCUGUGCACUGUUCAUCGUUUCCACAGUGUUUCAUAUAAUUUCCUGGAAAAAGAGUCAUUUAAGGACGAUGGAGCACUGCUUUCAUAUGUGUGACAGAGUGAUGAUCUAUAUCUUCAUUGCAGCAUCAUAUGCACCAUGGUUAAAUCUUCGUGAGCUUGGACCUCUGGCCUCCCAUAUGCGAUGGUUUAUCUGGUUGAUGGCUGCUGGUGGAGCCAUUUAUGUGUUUCUCUACCAUGAGAAGUAUAAAAUUGUGGAGCUCUUCUUCUAUCUAGCAAUGGGCUUUUCUCCUGCCCUAGUUGUGACCUCCAUGAACAACACCGAUGGACUUCAAGAACUUGCCUGGGGAGGCUUAAUUUACUGUAUGGGAGUGAUUUUCUUCAAGAGCGAUGGGAUCAUUCCAUUUGCCCACGCCAUCUGGCAUCUGUUUGUCGCCACGGCUGCUGCGGUUCAUUACUACGCUAUCUGGAAGUACCUUUACAAAAGUCCUGCAGAAAUGAUCCGUCACUUAUGAUAUUAAAUACACAAGACACGCACACCUUCGAGCUGCA